AAUAAAUAAAUAAAUACAGCUGAUAAAUGACGGUCGACCUAAUUUGAUUGUGCAGGUCCAGUGGGCCGUGAUUCGCCAUGAUAUUCUCAUGGGCCAGGCGUCGAACGACCUGGACGUCCCCGUGUCUCUGGCCCGUCCAUAAGAUUUCCAGUUCCUCCACUCAAUCGCCUCGGGUGGCCUCGCCCAAGAGCCUGUACGAUGUGUUGGGCGUGUCUAAAGACGCCACGCCCCAGGAUAUCAAAUCAGCCUUCUACGACCUGUCCAAGAAGUUCCACCCGGACUUGAAUCCGGGUCAAGCGGAUGAGAAGUUCCGGGAACUGGCCUCGGCCUAUGAAGUCUUGAGUAAUUCCGAGUCACGCCAACAAUACGACACCCAACGGAAGCUAGACGCCCAUAGGCCCACCCCCGGGCGACCAGCAUAUCCGGGGGGUAAACGCGAUCCCGCUGACUAUCAAAAUCGGGCCUCGCGCAGAGUGCGAUCUGACUUCAAGCCGGAUUUUGGUCGCAAAGUGGAUGUGGAUAUGUCGCCGGAGCGAAUGGCCCGGGCCUGGGAGGCCUACAAAUUGCGUUGGGAAAAAGACGCCGCUCGAAGACGAGAAUUGGACGAAAUGAAACUGAAAUUUCGUAUGGAUUGGGACAAAUUACGGGCCAACCAGUAUGAAAAUAUGCCUAUCGAGGAACUAGAACGUUUGAGGGAAGACAUGCGCAUGCUUAGAUUUGGUGCUCGAGUCCGACAAGCCCAAAAUUGUCCAAAAGCCAAUCACACCACUUCCGAGGCCCACCCCAAGGCCGACAAGUUUCAAGCCGCUUAUGAGACGUUGAAGGCCACCCGAGAUGGACGAGCUGACCGCCAACCCAGCGCGUCAAACUCAGAAGAACCCCAGGCCUCUUCUCAAGACCCAAAAGACCCGCUGAGUACGGGUUCGACGGAACGCUUUAAAGCUACGGAAGUCAAACAGAUUUGGGAAGAAUCACAACAGAAAUGGGACAGGAUUAAAAAAGAAUAUGCAAAUAGCCAAUUCUUUAGCGAUAAUACCGGUUCAAGUCAACUCUCAGGGGAAUUUCGGUCCCAUGGGUACGUUAUAAGCCGUCGGGUCGUAAUUGGCAUCGUGAUUUUCUUUUGCUUGCUCACGAGCUCAGAGAAGGCCUUGGAUAAUGAGGUUGUUCAAUCUUGGGUUUUCAGCCAUCGUCCUCAUCAUGAUUCUAAGGAGUCGGUGGCACCCAAAAAGUCAUAGCAUCUCGCAUUGAUAUGAUGUUCAUUCUUAGAAACGCAAACAAAGAAUAUAUUUGAUGGACAUACAAGUA